AUGAUUUUUCGUAAAAACAAUUUCAAAGAAAUAAAAAGAUCAAAAAAGGGUAGUGGUGUUACCCUACUCAAAAAGAUAAAAGAAUAUAUCGGUAUAAAUUGCUAUAUACCGAGCGAUGGAUACUGCUUUGUAAAGUGCGUUAAUCGUGUUUUAAACGAAGACUACACGAGAGAUUUUCAAGAUUUCAUCAACAGUUUUUCAAAAUCAAACAGAAAAGGAGUUAUGACAACUGCUAGAAUCAGUGAAUUCAAUGAGAAAUUUAAUACCUAUUUCCAAAUUUAUAUGCCCAAACAUAGACAUUUUCAACCAAAGAAAGUAUCCGAGGAAUUAGAUUGGGGUUGGUAUUAUUUAUAUCAUUGCGAUAAAGAAAUGAUUGAAGAAGAAUGGUAUGAAAGUACUAGAAUGGUUCCGAAACACACCGAAAAAGAAAACGUAGAAAAAGUUUACUCACAUACUCACCCUUUUAUAAGAUAUUUUAUCAGACAAAGUAUUAAAGGAGGAAGAGUUUCGGCAAAUCGAAAAUCAUUUGAAACGAAUAAAAUGGAUGAAAUUUGUAAUAUAUUAAAGGAAUACACAGAAACAGCAAGUGAUAAUAUAAUAGAUUUAUUCAAAGAAUACAGCGCUAGCACGAAAGAUAAAGCGGAGGUUCAUUCGAGACUUAAAAAAAUAAACUGUAAUAAACUAAUGGCCUUUGAUGCUAACGGUUUAUACGCUUCCACCAUGUCGGAUUUAGACAGUGAAUAUCCGAGAGCAGAAAGUGGUAGACCAUUUCUACCGGAAGAAAAUAAAGAAUUUCUCAAGCCCUUUAAUGAACAGGAAUUCAGACCUAGAACUGCUAUUUUAAAAGUCUGGUUUGAAUAUCCUACCAACAUGUUCUUCCAACCCAUACCAGCUAAAGAUAAAAUCACUUUCACGAAUAGAAUAGGUAAAAAGGAAACUGGCACUAAAAUCGGGUUCAGAAAUGGUUUUUGUCACGACGUUUUAACAUCGGUCGAUAUUCAAGAAAUAGUGAAAGCCGGUGGACGAAUUAUUAAAUUAUUAGAUGGUAUAGUUUACGAAGAAAAUUUUAAAACUCCACCAUAUAGAGAUUAUAUUUUAAUUUUGAGAGAUCUAAGAAAUAAAAAUAAACGAGAAGGUAAUAUCGUAGGUAGUAAUUGCAUGAAAUUAUUAGGCAAUUCGUUGUAUGGUAAAUCUAUUCAGAAGGAUAUAACUACAUCGAGACAUCUAUGGAGUGAAGCGACUUUAAAAGCCAACUACGAUUCACACGUCAAAAGCUAUGAAAAAGUAAAUGAUAGUCAAUAUAUAGUUGAGAUAAAUGAAGAAGAAAAAGAAUUUAUUCCUCCUCCUAAAUCUACACGGCUAACACCUAGUCAUUUGGGAUCAUUCGUUUUAUCUCACAGUAAAAAAAAAUAA